AUUACCCACUUGAUUCCUGCCAUCACCCGGUGGUCAAUUGUCUCCUCCACGGGCAGUUCGUGAGCGUCCCGAGUUCCCUGAGCGCUCGGCGAAUACGUAUGGUCAGUGAUACAUUCGUUCCCUGAGUCAAGAAGGACCAUGUCUCCCCGGCGGACGCUCCUUUCCCCCGUCGACCCGCCACAAUCGAUUAUAUACACCGACUUUGACCCCCCGGUCCGGCGGUGGUACCACUAUGUGCCCAUAACCAUGACCGUGUGCCUCAUGCUCGCCCCGCACCCCUCCCUCCUCUACGUUCUCGUCCGCUAUCACUUGCAGACGCGCGAGGACCCCCUGGCGUUCGGCGCGCACCUCUUCGCGACGUACGCGCUCACCUUCAUGGCGUUCUCCUCCCUCAUCAUCUGCGUCUCGCGCGAUCCGGGGCCCGUGUCGCUGCAGGACGCGGACAGCAUCUCCCCGACGGCGAGGCGGAGGCGGGAGGACGACGAGGAUGACGCGGAGGAGAUCGAACUGACGGAGGCGCUGGUGUCGAUCGACUACAAUGCGCCGGGGCGGUGGUGCAACAAGUGCUGGGCGCCCAAGCCCGAGCGGACGCAUCACUGCUCCGAGUGCAAUCGCUGCGUCUUGAAGAUGGACCAUCAUUGUCCUUGGCUUGCGUCAAGAUGCGUCGGUCAUCGAACAUACCCUGCCUUCGUGCACUUCCUCACCACUGUCACUCUCCUCGCUAUGUAUAUCACGGUGAUCUGCUCUCGUGCACUGCUCUUCGCCUUCCGAAAUCCUUACGCUGUGGAUGAUACUACCCCCAUACACGAGAUCUCGCUCGCCUUCUACGGCGCCGUGAUCACCAUAGUCAUAGGAUCUUUCCUGUGCUAUCAUCUCUACCUCAUUUCCACCAAUCAAACCACCCUCGAGAACCUCUCGCCCUUCAUGCUCCUUCGACAUCUACCUCCCUUGCCUUCGUACACCGGCGACCGCCUCUCCAACCCACCCAUAGAGCCCGAGCUCUCGUACGACCAGCGACGUCUAGUCCGCGAUGCGCACAACUCAAUACGAAUUUACGACGUUGGCUGGCGGCGGAAUUGGGCGCAGAUCUUCGGGUGGAAGGGCAAAUGGGGAUGGGUGCCAAGGGUGCUGUAUGGGGGCGCGACCAAAGGCAGCGGGAAGUACUUCCCCAUGAACCCGAAGGCGGACGAUAUGCUUGCACGAUUAGCAGAGGAGCUAGUGCGCGCGGAAAAGGAUAGAUAGCAUGGGAGAUCUAGCUUUCCUCCCUUCCCUUCCCUUCCCUUUCCUUCACCUGCCGUCAAAUUCAUUAUCGCGCUCAUUUGUCCACUGACCAUCCUUGCCAUAUACCCACCACAUACUUAUUUCGGACGAUUGUACCCUAAUUUCUCUGGAUGCGUCCGCCGUGUAGUACCAGCUGUACUCUAGGGCGGAUGCAGCGGUGUAUAUAUGUUGUACUUCACUCGUCUUCACGCACAUCUCUAGGCACUUCAUUUAUUUACCGCAUUCCUUCCAUAGGAUAUUGCUUGCAUACUUGUUCAUUCUUUUGCCUGGUGCACAUAUCUACUUACAUGCUAUGGCUAUGGUACCCAUGAUUCCUGGAAUCGCUGGAAGUGCGGGCGCGGGCGGCAAACGAGCAAAUACGGGUAAACACUCGCCGCAU